AUGCCACUGCCAGGUCCAUCUAAAAACCACAGAGUUGAGGCACCUGUGGCUGCAAAUGCAAUUAAGAGCAGCAAACUCAAGGCACCUGUGGAACCAGACUCGCCUCAGAAAAGUAAAGUCAAGGCACCUGUGGUAUCAGACCCUCCUAAAACCAGCAGACUCAAGACCUUGGCAGCCACAGAAGUGUUGAAUCCUCGAGAUUUUGUGAGCAUUCAGGCUUUAGUUGGCUUUGCUCAGAAUGAAGGAAGGGUCUUGGCCAGAAGCAGAACAGUUUUCAAAAGCAGUGAACCUUCAAGAGAACAAAUGUUCUGGGAAAACUACCAUAGGAGGCAAAAGCAAUUCACUCAGGGACACUUCACCCCGGCUGGGAAGCCAUAUCGUGAUAUUGGAGAGAUGGUCUACAUAGAUCCAAAGGAAUUCACCCUCUACUCUUUGGGGCAACUUGCACAGGAACCAGUGAAAUACUAUGUGCAGGAAGAACCAUCCACAGAAGCGGCUGAUGUUACUACUACCGAGAACUCUUUGGAUCCAGAGUCUGAUUCAUUGGAACCAGUGAAGAGGCCCUCCCCAUCUAGAGAAACAGGAAAGGGUCUGAAGACUCUUGGUAAAGCUCUUGCUCGCUCAAGGGGUCAUAUCAGUUCUGUGAAGCAAGGGGGAGAAUACUUUCAAAUACUUCACCAAGAAUCACUGGAGAGGGACAACAUACCCAAAGCAGAUCAGCAGGGUGGGAGCAUGAGAUGCAGAACUGAGUUUCAGCUACCCAUGUAUUCUGGUGUGCAAGGAUCAGAGGAUGAAAGAAACACUCUCUCUUUAACAGAAGGCAGCCACCUGAGGACACUGGGAAAGCAGAAAAAAAAUAUUACGUUAUGGUCUUUCACUCCUGUUCAUACCAGUGUCUUGAUUACAAGUCCCCCUGGAACAAAAAGUGAACCUCUUUUCCGACAACUGUGUGCCAUACACUGGCUUUUGGAAGCUCUGACUAAUGAAUCCAGCUGUUCAAUGCAGUCCAUAUCAACCUGUUGGAAUCCAACGAACCCUGGUGGUCAUAAGAAAACAGUGGAAGAAAAGGAAGAGGAAAAGUUAGCGACAUACCUGUGGGAUCUCUUUACUACAAACACAAAGAAAUUUCUCCGGAAGGCACGAUACAGUCCACUUAAAAGGAAGAUAAAGAGGACACCUACUCAAGAUAUCUCUCCACAUAGCAGUCGGUCAUCUCUCUGUGCUAAAUCCCUUUGUGGCAGUGAAACUUCCACUGUAUUUUGCUCUGAAGACAAUACCGAGAUUAAUGAGGCUGAUUUUAUGACUAAGUCAGUACAAGCUAAAGAGCAAAAACUUUUCCCCUCCCUACAGAUAAUACAAAAGGCGUCAAAAGGUUUCCAUAGACAAGAUGAUGCGGUUAAGAAGACUGAACUGCAGUGUCUGCCAGCAGUUCAGAGGAAUUACAAGGCAAAGGGGCCAUUCAGUAACAACCAAGAGAAUCUAUCAGGGAAGCAGAGGCCUGGAAAUCAGAGCUCUUUCAUUAAAGGCAAAUCAAACUUGUGUGCCGAUAUGAGGCAGAAGUUCACAGAAGUAAGUGAAGAAGCAGCUGCUGGUUUACAUGAUACUCUAGAGAGUCUUGAGAGGACGCAGGAAGAACGAUGUUGGGAAAAAUUUGAGGCUUUGAAACACUUGAUGGAUUUUAGAAAAGACAUGGAAAGAGUAAGAGAGGUGGGCAAAAGAGCUGAAAAAGAACACGAAGAUGAAGUAAACUGGUUUCCUUUAUUGCUUGCCAGACUCCCAGAGUCUGUGAAGAGUGACCGUUAUGUACAGAAAAUCUUAAAGAAACUGGAAAAAUUUGGCAUGAAUCCUGACUUGGAAAUUGAUCCAGACAUCUUUCUUAAGACUCUGGGUGAUCUACAGGAAUGGGAGCUGUGUUGUCCAGAAAUUGCUGCAGCUGUGGAGUUUGUACGUGGAAGUAUUGUGAAGAUGCCAGAAGAGGAUUUCAGAGAGUGGUUUCAGACACGACUGACUUCCUGAGUGCAAAGUCCUCCAGCUGUUAAGCAAACAGCCUGAUGAGAUGGUUUUCCAGAUGCAACUGAGUUAAAACAGAGAACUGCUGCCUGUUGAGAUCCCCUCAAGGUUAACUUCAGGAAGUCCCACUGACCACUCUUGCACAACUGAAAUUUGUCCCUCCACAGUGCUGACCAUAGCUGGCCAUAGAAAAUAAAAGCUACAUCCUGUUGCUCAUUCCUCCUUGAUGAUGUCUUGGACUCACCGUCAAAUUUCAAUCUCAUCUAACCAUGUAGGAUGAAGACCAAGGUUCUAAUCACAGGUCAGGUCACUUCUUCAGACAUUCCUUUAACAAUACAUGCAGUAUAACAAGCAUCUAUUCAGUACAGAUAUAAAUGCUAUUCAUACUAAAUAGCAUUGUCUCUGCUCUUCAUUUUAGAUCUCCUUCCUAAAAUAAUAUCCCAAGCAUAGGGUAGUUAUAAGCUUUAAGACAAUGCUGUUGUUGCAAUAAUUAUUUUUUGUCAUUAAGAUAUGUAAUUGUUGCAUUGAGUUUAUUCUGUAGUUGUUCUGUGAUUAAUGGUUAAUUCUUACCUUAUUAAAAUUAAUAUUGAAAAACCAAGCAUCCUUAGAUGCAUUUCCCAGGUUUCCACCUGAAGAUGGUUUU